AGAUAGUAAUAUUCCACACACUCGCGUGUCACAAUACUCACAUCAUGCGCACAUUUUAUGCAUAAAGCCAAACAAAACAUGCGAUCCAAAAACAUGGGAUCGUGAAAUGAAGCAGUCAAAAUGCCCUUUCUCUAUUGACUGGCUCAGGAUCAUUGUUCUCAACUCGACAUUUUUACAUAUUACGAAGAAAUCGGAAAUCUUCCAAAAGUGAACAAUUUUAGUUAGUUACAUUGUUUGAUCUCAACAUGAUUAACUGAUCAACAAAUUAGGUAUUAAUAAGAUGCCUUUUGUCCAGUUGAAGGUUGAACGCACAUGGUUCCUCGGCAUUCUGACGAUCGGUUUCGUCGGCGGCGCGUGCUUCAUAACCACGUUUCUCCGAACGGCGACGACCGCUCGGAGCAUUUGCGAGACCGGAGGCAUGGUCGCGUCGCCGGGCAACUCGAGCUGGGCCGAGGCCCAGACCGAGCAAGCCCAGCUCCUCGAGGCCAUCCUCCACUACGCCACGUCACGCCUGACGCCGCAACAGACCGCCCGCGAGAUCCAGGCGUGCAUUGACGUCUUGCGGAGGCUGGGCCCCGCGAACUUCUUGGUUUUCGGGCUGGGCCACGACUCCCUCAUGUGGAAGUGCUUCAACCUCCACGGCACCACCGUGUUCCUGGAGGAGGACCCGAAGUUCUACGACUCCCUGGUCGGGCCCGGCGGCCCGAACACCAACCUGACGGCCUUCGUCGUGAGGUACACGACGAAGAUGUCGGAGGCGGCCGAGCUGGUCCAGCACUUCCGGGAGGAACAGGACUGCUCGGCCGCGAGGUCGUUCCUGCGCGGCAACCACCGGUGCAGGCUGGCUCUGAGCAUGCUCCCGGCCGAGGUUUACGACAGGGAGUGGGACGUGAUACUGAUCGACGGGCCGAGGGGGUACUACAUGGAAGCGCCGGGGAGGAUGGCGUCGAUAUACUCGGCGGCCGUGAUGGCGCGCAACCGGAAGCGGCCCGGGGUGACGCACGUCUUCCUCCACGACGUGAACCGCAAGGUGGAGAAGGUGUACGCGGAGCUGUUCUUGUGUAGGAAAUACUUAGUCAGCGCGGUGGGGAACCUUUGGCAUUUCGAAAUUCCUCCUGCCCCUUCCCCUCAUCUCCAUUCUAACUUUUGCUAACCCUGCAUGAAAGCAAGUUGGGUCACAUAUCGAGCACAGUACAAAAUAAAUAAAUAUAUAUAUAUACACACACAUACACACACACACAAGUCUCUCUUGUUUCCUAGUUGCAAAAUAUCCACUAAUUCAGUUAAGAAAGUAUAUUCAAUAUA